CUUCGUUUAGACUUUGCCAGCUGUUGUUGUUUCACACGCUGGUUUUCUGCUCGCGUUAAUUGUGUGUGGAAAAAAAAACAGUUGGAAAAGGGGAUAAUUAAAUAUGGCUCCUCCGGCGGCAAGGGCGCGCUAUAAUGCCAACAAGGCGGACAACCAGAUACUCACCAAAAAACCACCGAAACGUCUUAAUGGCAACAAAGAUGCUGCCGGUGUCGCCGUUGCCGGCAACAAAAAGGAGAAGAAGAAUAAAAACUCAGCGACCGCACCAAACGCAACCGAUAAGACUCAGUCCAGCCCCAAUCCGAUUAUGCCCAGUGUUCAUACGGCCUUCAAAACAUUUGUGAGCGCGCGUCUCUGCAGCGCCAUUUGGGCGUACAUUUCCGACUGUGAUGAGACUUUCAAUUACUGGGAACCGCUACACUACAUAAUCAACGGCCAUGGUCUGCAGACCUGGGAGUAUAGCCCGCAGUUCGGUUUGCGUUCCUAUACAUAUCUGCUUCUGCAAGGCGUUCCUGGUUGGAUCUAUCAGAAGCUGUUCAAUCCAAGUCCGAUAUUGAUUUUCUAUAUGAUUCGCUGCAUGCUGGGCUUUGGCUGUGCGCUCAUGGAGCGCUUUAUGUACAAAUCUAUUUGCCAGGAGUUUGGCAUACACGUUGGUCGUCUCUGGCUGAUCUUCCAGCUGUUCAGUGUGGGCAUGUUUGUGUCCAGCACUGCACUGUUGCCAUCCUCGUUUUCUAUGUACUUUGGUUGCUCUGCCCUAGCUGCCUGGUGGCAGCAGCGCUACAGCCUAGCCAUAUUCUUUACCGCCAUCUCGGCACUGCUCGGCUGGCCCUUUGCGGCGCUAAUUGGAGUUCCACUAGUGCUGGAAUUGCUGUUUCGGCAGCGCGAUUGGCGCACCUUUAUACAGUGGACAUUGAUCUCUGGCCUAACAAUUGCACUGCCCAUGAUUGCCAUCGACACGAAAUACUUUGGCAAACUGACCUUUGCGCCCCUAAACAUUGUUUGGUAUAAUGUGUUCACUAGCCACGGACCGAACAUCUUUGGCACCGAGCCCCUCAGCUACUACAUCCUCAAUGGUUUCCUCAACUUCAAUAUUAUUUGGCUGUUGGCACUCCAAUUACCCAUUAUGCUACUCAUGGAUUAUCUGAUUGUGCCCGCCAAGUUUAAGUCGACGCUCAACUUUCCGCGCUACAUAUCUCUGGCGCCUCUUUAUCUCUGGUUGGUGGUUUUCAUGGCACAGCCUCACAAGGAGGAGCGCUUCCUGUUUCCGGUGUACCCACUAAUCUCCCUCUGUGGCGCCAUCACUGUGGACGUCUAUCAGCGCAUCUUCUUCCGUAUCAAGACGCUGGUGUUUAAGAUCAAGUCGGGCGUUCACUACUUAGACCACAGCAUGUUCAUUGCAAUUAUCGUGAUGGUGGCCAGCACUUUAUUGGGUCUCUCGCGAGUAUUUGCUCUCUAUCGGAACUAUCAUGCGCCAAUGGAUCUAAUGCUGGAGCUCAAUCAGUUUAAGAAUUCGCCACAGUAUCGUCCGGAUGAAAUCUACAACGUAUGCAUUGGCAAGGACUGGUAUCGCUAUCCAGGCAGCUUCUUUUUCCCGGCACGCAAUUUCCGAUUGCGUUUUCUGAAGUCGGAGUUCCGCGGCAUGUUGCCCGCUUACUACACGGAAGGCGCCAAUGCCACCCAGGUGGUGCAUCCUUAUUUCAACGACCAGAACUUGGAAAACGAGCACAUGUACUUUGAUUACGAUCAGUGCCACUUCCUCUUGGACUUCGAUGAGGGCAAAUACACAACACUCGAGCCGAGCUAUUCGAGGCGAACGAAGGACUGGUCUAUCAUGAAAUCCUUGCCAUUCCUCAUACCGGAAAAAUCGCACAAGGUGCUGCGCGCCUUCUACGUGCCAUUCCUGACCGACAAUCACAUAAAAUAUGGAGAUUUCAAUCUACUUAAGCGUAAAAAGACGCGCAAUGUCAGCUAGAACCUAGAACCAAAAGGAUACUUUUCAUCUAUCUGUCAUUAACUAAAUUAAUGUAAUUUAUUUUUCCCAAAUAAGUUUUCUUUCCUGUUUGGUAUUUGGUGCAAUUCAAAGUCCUUUUUAUAUUUCCUGGCUUUAGUCCAUAAGUCAAAUUCUUUCACUUUUGUUUCGUUACCUAAAAAAAUGCAUGCCAAAGCUGUACACAUUACGCUGAAACGAACUAGAAUUUAAGACAAAACAUAAUAAAAGCAAUCGAUUCUAAAAAUCAGUUUCAAACUA